GCACGUGAGGGGCGCGCGGCGCGCCCCCGUCAGCCUCACUGAGAAAGGCGCAUCAUCCUUUUUUUAUUGCAGUCACGUCUACUUGCACAUAUUUGACAUUAGACAUAACGGGAGAUGUCUUAUCCUAUCGCUGUUAUAUCAGCAAUAUAAAUAGCUACCCAUCAGAAGGAGUAAACCUCAAUUCCUGAUUUGUUUUUGUCUUUUUUUUUCUUCUUUUUUUUUUGCAUACCACUCGGGACGACAAAGACCAUAUAUUUUGGUUUUGGACGCAGAACCACCCGCUGCAGAAACCAUCAGAUCUUGUGAUAAAUUGAGAUGCUUUUUCAGUCAUCAACAAUGACGCUCCGGUUGGAGAGCGGAGAAACAGCCUAGAGAGGUGGCGGGCGAUGGAUGUCCAGCUCAGCUCAGCUCGGUGAUGAUGAGGCACCUGUUCCUGUUCUGAAUGCAGCGCAGAGAGACACCUCUCCGGGUGUCACCAUCAGCUCUGGAUGCUGCGCCGAAGGAUGGCAUACUCCGACCCUUCGUCGGGCAAAGAUAUUCUCGGCAGUAGGUCCCUGUGUUUCAUAUUUAUUUGCGCAUUUGGACUCGUCACGCUUUUGCAGCAAAUUCUUUAUGGCAAAAAUUACAUCAAGAGUGCACAACAGUUUAGCCGAGUCAAAGGGGACGAGACCGGAAAUUGGACCGGCCCCGUUAAUUUCUUCGAUGAUGGAUCUCUGAAGCCUGCCAGAAAUGGAAGGAAAAGAUGUUACCGUCAGAAUAAUCAGCCAGAUUCACAGAUCUCCGUAAUAAUCACACCCUGCCUAGCUGAUAUUAAGAAGAAAAAAUUACGCUCUCAAAGGUAUUUGGAAAAUUAUGGCGGCGCGUUUGAAUUCAACUCAACGACUUGCAGAGAGCUCCGACAGGAGAUUAUGGACGUCAAAGUCCUGACAAUGGUAAAAACCUCAGAGUUGUGCGAAAGAUGGCGAAAUCUGCAGGUCUGCAAAUGGGAGCAGAACAAAGAAGAGACCAGCAACUUUAGGAUGUCUCUGUCCCGCUGCUGUAAUGCUCCAUCCUUUUUGUUCACCACCAAGAGAAAUACUCCUGCCGGGUCCAAGCUGAGGUAUGAGGUGGACACCAGUGGCAUCCUCCCUAUUACCUCAGAGAUCUUCAAGAUGUUCCCAGAUGAUAUGCCAUAUUCCAAAUCCCAGUUCAAAAAAUGUGCUGUCAUUGGAAAUGGAGGUAUCAUCAAGAACACCAAAUGUGGAAAGGAAAUCGAUUCAGCCGAUUUUGUUCUCAGAUGCAAUGUACCACCGAUCAACGAGAAAUACUCAGCAGAUGUGGGCACAAAAACGGACCUGGUGACCAUAAAUCCAAGCAUUAUCACAGAAAGAUUUCAGAAGCUAGAGAAAUGGCGGCGUCCAUUCUACGAAGUUCUCCAGAACUAUGAGAACUCAUCAGUGGUGCUACCUGCCUUUUACAACACCCGCAAUACUGAUGUUUCUUUUCGAGUCAAGUACAUGCUGGAUGAUUUUGACUCCCAGAGAGGCGUGUUCUUCUUUCAUCCGCAGUAUCUCCUUAAUGUACAGCGUUUCUGGGCGGUGCAGGGCGUCAGAGCAAAACGCCUUAGCAGCGGCCUAAUGCUCGUGACUGCUGCCUUGGAGCUUUGCGAAGAGGUCCACCUCUACGGUUUCUGGGCGUUUCCAAUGAACCCUGCAGGAAUCUUCAUCACUCACCAUUACUAUGACAAUGUAAAGCCCAGGCCUGGCUUCCACGCUAUGCCUCAUGAAAUAUUUAACUUCAUUCACAUGCACACCCGUGGGAUUAUCAAUGUACAUACGGGGCGCUGCUCAUGAUCUAUCCUUUUUCUGCUUUUUAAAUAAACCUGUUUUUCUUCAUUAGGGUAGUACACUUGGCAAUGGGAGUACAAACUCAUUUGCUUUAAUUAGUUCAACAAUAUGGUGAAGAUUGCUUGCUUGGACACAUUUCUCUUUUCAAAGAUCCUUUACUACUGUUAUGUCACUGUGGCAAUUUCUGCGUCUCUAUCUAUAGGAUGCUUGUCUUUCAUUUUAAAAAUUGAUCUUCAGAAAAUGGUUGUCUCUGUGAUGUUUUUAAAGUGGCCCCACUGUACUUGAUCACACAGGUAUUUCUGCUUACAUGGGGCCUCACUGGGGAUUUGUUUGUGCCCCGUCUCUUAACUUUCUCUUGGACAGUCUGUGGGUGUGGCAGCUUAAUGUUUGUGUCAAACAAGCUUGGACACUGGUUUUAUUAAAUGAAUAUCUGAAUAUACAACUGUAACAUCUUCUUGUCUACUUUUGUAAACUAUUUCCUAUUCAGCAGAAUGACAGUGUAAGUAUUUUCACAUUCUAUUCAAAGAGGCCUGUUCUCAUUGGCCUUGUUUCUCCCUGUAAAAAUACCCCAAUAUUUAUCAUGAGACACUGUUGUGUGUUUGUUUUGGUUUAGGGCAAGAACUUUUACUAGACUGCUGUGAAACAAUCCAGCUGUUUAUCUUGUCUUAAGCCAAUUUUGCCUUAUGAGAUCUCAAACCCCACUGGACAUUAUGCGAUGCACCCUUGUGCCCUCCUGUACAAUGAAUUUACCAUUGAAUGAAAUGUAAGUUUGUCUCUUGUAUUAAACAACAUUCUAGACUUGCUAUAAUGUAAAAACAAAUGUGUCCUUCUUGGCUCAUAUGAUCAAUAACGCAGUAAUUUGCCCCUUUUUUUUGUUGCAAUAAGUUUUUUUUUUUUGGGGGAUGUUUUAUUUUUGAACUGUAUAGACUUGCUUUGCAUUUGUAAAAAAAAAACUCACAUUUUACUGCUGUUCGAUUUUACACUGUUUUUUGUACUUUAUGAAGAUUAGAUAGCUGUAAUUUUUUGUUUUGCUGCCACAUUAUUUAAGCUAAGCUGAAAACCUGUUGGUUUUCUUUGAAGUUAAACAUUUUUAUAAUUUUAAUGGACUUCUUCAGUAAUUAACGCUCACAAAUAAAGAGUUAAUGAAGCCAAAAUGGACUUCAGAAUAAGUUUGCUUGAAAACAAUCAUGACUGAUUCAGGCAUGAAAACAUGGUCUGUGUAAUGCAAUGAGGUGUACUGUAUGUUGGCAUUUACAGUGCUUCUUAACUCUUAAACAUUCUUUAUAUUGAGUGUGUUUGUUAAUAAACCAGUUUUCUCAAAACUA